CAACGAAUUAUCUUGACAACCAAAUUCGACCUCGGCAUUUCCACAGAAGAGGCCAUUGCAGCAGAAAAAGAGGGUGCGAUGACAAUCGGAGACCGAAGACAAGCUGGAGUAAUUAGGCGAUCGACGGGGGCUGAGACGGUAUUACAAUGGGCCGAGAGCUGGUCUUGGGGUAAGGAAGAUAAGACUUUCGAAGGAAGGGACUCUGAGACUGGAGAGACAACGAUAUCAUUAGCCCGUUUGCUGAUCUCGGAAGGUGAGCGCUGGUCCCUGGUUUGGAUAUGA